AUGGAGUUGGUGGAUCUUCCAACCAUAGGAGGAAAGUUCACUUGGAUUAAAAGUAAUGGUAAAUCUAUGAGUCGGAUAGAUAGAUUCCUUCUAUCGGAUGAUUUGGUGGAAGAUUGGAAGGUGGAGGGCCAAUACAUAAGAGAGAGGGAUGUGUCCGAUCAUGCACCUAUUUGGUUGGAAGAUAAUAGAAAGAAUUGGGGUCCCAAACCAUUUAAGUUCAAUAAUCUAUGGUUCAAACAUGACGAUUUUGAAACCUUUGUGAAGGAGGAAUGGAAGAAGAUUGAGAUUAGAGGAAUAGGAGAUUAUUGCUUGGUCGAAAAGUUGAAAACUCUUAAAAACCGGUUACUUUGGUGGAACAAGAAUGUUUAUGGAUGGAUAGAUCUCAAAAUCAACGAGGAUGGGAGAGAGAUGCAUUCUUUAGAUAACGUGUUUGCUCAUUUUGCAGAUUCUUUGGAGGGAAGAUUGGAGGGUGUGGAUGACAUUAAAGAGUACACUUUUAAGCAUUUUGAAAAAUUCUUCAAAGAAGAUUGUACUUCAAGGCCGGAGCUAAGAGGGAUUAAUUUUAACUCCUUAACUUUGGAAGAAUCUACCGACUUAGAGAAACCUUUUGAUGAAGACGAAGUGAAGGAAGCUAUUUGGUCGUGUGAUGGUAACAAGAGCCCGGGGCCGGAUGGUUUUUCUUUGGAGUUUUACAAAAGGCAUUGGUCCAUCAUCAAAGAGGACAUUAUGAAGUGUUGCAACGACUUCUAUCACAAAGGUACUCUCGUUAAAUCCAUCACCUCAUCUUUUCUCGCUCUUAUUCCCAAAAAGAAGAAUCCGCAAGAUUUGUUUGAAUAUAGACCCAUUUGUUUAGUGGGGAGUAUUUAUAAGAUCAUUGCAAAGUUGCUAGCGAAUAGGAUGAGAGGAGUAGUGGAUUUAUUGGUCUCUACCAACCAAACCGCCUUUGUUCCGGGAAGAAGUAUGAUGGAUGGAGUUGUAAUGGUGAAUGAAAUUCUUGAUUGGGCGAAGAGGAAGAAGAAGGGGUGUUUAUUACUUAAAGUGGACUUCGAAAAGGCGUAUGACUCAGUAUCUUGGAAUUAUUUAAGGUGGAUUUUGGUGAAGAUGGGUUUUGGUAAAAGAUGGAUGAAAUGGAUGGAAGCUAGCAUUUUUACCAAUUUCAUGUCGGUGAUGGUAAAUGGUAGUGCAACUAGGGAAUUCAAGGUUCAAAGAGGUCUUAGACAAGGAGACCCGAUUUCUCCCUUCUUGUUUGUUCUUGCUAUGGAAGGUUUAACCGCUCUAACUAAGAAAUCUGUGGCGGUGGGCGAUUUUAAACCUUUCAAGUACGGAGCCAACGACUAUGUGGACAUCCUCCAAUUCGCGGACGAUACCAUCAUCCUAGGAGAACCUUCUUACGAUAACCUUUGGAGUAUAAAAGUUUUGUUGAGAGGCUUUGAAUUGGUUUCCGAAUUGAAGGUCAAUUUCCAUAAAAGCAAUUUUUAUGGAACUCACAUAGGAGAUUGGUUCAUAAAUUCGGCGACAAAGUUCCUUGCUUGCAAAAAAGGUUGUUUUCCGUUCAAAUUCCUCGGUAUUUGGGUGGGAGAAGGGGCGAACAAGAAGAAGGUUUGGCAAGAGGUGAUUGGUAAAAUAAAAUCAAGACUUUCCAAUUGGAAGGGAAGGAACAUAUCCAUGGGAGGGAGGGUGACUCUAAUAGGCUCCAUUCUUAAUGCUAUUCCUAUUUUCACUCUUUCCUUCUACAAAGCUCCGAGCUUUAAUGAAUGGGUGAAAUGUGAGUUCAAGAGAGGAAACAAUAUUCUCUUUUGGCUAAGUUGUUGGUUGGUUGAUCAACCGCUCCGCGUUGUUUUUCCGCAUUUGUUUGACAAAACAACCAACAAACUUAGUGUGGUGAGCGACCUCUUUCUCACCAAUCAAGGAGAAAUCAUUUGGAAUCUAGAAGACAUUUUUGGGGAGGAUGUGUUGAAUCCUCCGGCUCGGAGUGCCUCUUCCAACAUCGCAUCCAAUCCGAACACUGUAAUAACCGAAGAGCUUAGGGAGUUGAAAAGGAUGCUUCACGGGAUGGUGUCGGAUUCGACGUCAAUGGACGGUUUCCAUUGGAAUUUAAACACAAACGGAGCCUUCACGGUAUCUAGUGUGUCGCACUUGGUUUCUAACGCAAAGGAGAUAGCUUGGCCAAAUCAUAUCAUCAAGAGUUUGGACGUCAUUUGGAAGACAAACUUGCCGGCAAAGAUCAAGAUUUUUGCGUGGAGAUUCCUCCUCAAUAGGCUUCCUUUAAAAGAUCAACUCGUCAAAAGAGGUGUGACUACUCUUUCUUCCUUAGUUUGUCUUUUUUGCACUAAUCUCCCGGAAACUUUGGACCACCUCUUCUUCCAUUUCCAUGUCACAAAGGAGGUGUGGAGUAGAAUUUAUGUAUGGUUGGGGAAUGCUUUGAAUUUUUCUCUCGAGGAGUUCAAGAACUUUGGGAGCAUCCAAGAGAAAGUGAAAAACAAAAAUAUUAAAGCUAAUCUAAACAAUAUAUGGAUAGCUUUGAUUUGGUGUAUUUGGAAUAUGAGAAACAACAUGAUUUUUGAUGAAGAAUCAUUACAUGUUAGUGAAUCGAAAGAAAUCGUCUCACUAAGUGCAAAGCAGAAAAUUCGUGUAUUUGAAGAUCUAAAAGUGGCUUCUUUGUGA